AGAACUAGUCUGGAAGAGUUGGCAAGUCUCCAGUCUUGUUCCUGCACUCAGAAGGCUCUCCUGAACCAAGCCCAUCUAGUCUUGUCCAGGACUUCCCAUCCGGAUUUAAUACCGAGCUCCGGCUUGAAUUGGUGCCAAUAUCCGCUUUAGUUUACGCACACUCCCCUCCCUGACUCAAAACUUCCACGUGACGGGGGCUGAGUUACUGUGCAAAGUUCCCUCCCGGUGACCUGACUGGCCACUCCUUGUGUUUACGCCUGUCCGACUGGUUGCGGUGUCUUGCUGAAGGAACACAGACUCACACCAGCAGACGUUCUUUCAAUGCUUCCUCCUACUGCUUGAAGUUCUUGGAAACAAACUUGUUGACUACAAGGAGGACUAAAAAUGGAACCAAAAAUGGACGGACAAUUAACAGUACCGAAGAAAGAUGUAAGGAGAGGUUCGGUUGUGAUUCACAACCCGAAUGUUGGUGACCUGGCAGUUAUACCUUUUAUUGGAGAAGAUCUACAUGAGAGUCCUGUACGGCGCAGCAGUGCCCCGCCCACCCCCACAGGCCCCAUCAUGGAAGGUUCCAGCACACCUUCCAAGUUUGCGGCCCUGUUACCAAAAAGACUGAAGUCGGGCAUCAAACGGACGAAAAGUGUGACCAAGUUGGACAGAAAAGCCAGUGUAAAAGCACCACGCACACAGGACAGGGAUGCGUUUAUCGUAUCUCGGCUGAAGACUUCGCGGUCGCACGAGUCCCUCCUGUCCAGCCCGUCUCACGCGGUGGAGUCGCUGGACCUCGCGGGCGAGGACGUCCAGAUCAACCCCAUCCACAGCAGCAUCCUGGGACAGGACCACUGCUUCCAGGUCACCUCCGCCAGCGGCAGCCGCUGUUUCGCCUGCAAGACUGCUGCAGAGAAGGACAGAUGGAUAGAAAACAUAAGAAAAACAGUGCAGCCCACCAGAGAAAAGUGCAGAAGAACAGACAAUACUCUCAAGCUGUGGAUCAUAGAGGCCAAGGGCUUGUCUGUCAAGAAAAGAUAUUUCUGUGAGCUUCUCCUAGACGAGAUUCUCUAUGCCAGAACGUCGUCCAAGCAGAAGUCGGACGUGCUGUUCUGGGGAGAACACUUCCACUUCAGUGAACUGCCGGCGGUUCAGAAUAUCACUGUCAACCUUUACAAGGAUGCAGACAAGAAGAAGAAAAAGGAGAAGACAAAUCUUAUAGGGACUGUAAAUAUUGCUGUAAACACGGUUGAUGCGAGACAGUUUGUUGAGAAAUGGUAUCCAUUGGUAGUUCCAAACAACAACAAGUCGUCCAAGACUGACACCCCCUCCAUCCGCAUCAAGGCUCGGUUCCAGAGCACCCCCAUCCUUCCUGUGGAGCUGUACAGGGACUUCAUCCAGUAUAUAAAUGAUAACUACUCAACGCUGUGCAAGGUGCUGGAACCUGUGGUUGGAGUCAAGAACAAGGAAGAGAUUGCCUCCACCAUGGUUCACAUCCUGCAGAGUACAGGCAGGGCGCGGGAGUUUCUCACUGACAUCAUCAUGUCAGAGGUCAGCAACCUGGCAGAUCAGAGCUUGAUAUUCCGAGGAAACACCCUCGCCACCAAAGCCAUGGAAGCAUAUCUCAAGCUAGUUGGAGGAAAGUACCUGCAGGAGACGCUAGGGGAGUUCAUCCGUGCGCUGUACGAGGCAGACGAGGAUUGCGAGGUGGAGCCCAGCAAGGUGGCGUCCAACGUGCUGAGUCAGCACCAGCAGGCGCUCAAGAGACACUGUGAGCUCGCCUGGUGCAAGGUCAUCAACUCAUACAUCAUCUUCCCAAGUGAUUUGAAGGAAAUCUUCAGCAACUUAAGGAACAGAACAGCGGAGAGGGGUGAAGACUUUGCCAACACUCUCAUAAGUGGUUGUAUCUUCCUGAGGUUCCUGUGUCCAGCCAUCCUGUCACCAAGUCUCUUCUUCCUUACACAAGAAUACCCCUCAGAGAAGACCAGUAGAUGUCUUACCCUGAUUGCAAAGACCAUUCAGAGUCUGGCCAACUUUACCAAGUUUGGGAACAAGGAGGAGUACAUGAGCUUCAUGAAUGAGUUUGUUGAGUGUGAGAUGUUGAACAUGAGGAACUUCCUCAAGCAGAUCUCCAGCCCAGGGGUGGAAGGUCAUCAGUCAAGGUUCAGCGGGUUCAUUGACCUCGGCAGGGAGCUGUCUGUGCUGCACUCACUCAUCACGGAAUGCCUGACAAGCGUCGAUGAGGCUUCUCUCGCCAAGCUGGGCGACCUUCCCAACAUCCUGCAGGACAUCACAGCAGCCUUGAAGAACCCCACGCCUCUCAGGGAACAAGUCCGCAAGAACUAUGAGCGAUUCAGCUCCACCCCCAACUUCCACAUGGGCAGCGUGCCGCACAACCUGUCCCGAAUAUUCGAGGACGCGGACCUGUCCAGCGUAGGGGAGACCCCAGCCCAGGCGACGCCACGUAUGAUCCACAAGCCCCCCGCGGGGAGCGUGAUAGUGAACCCGGGGGCACAGAACAGCAGUACAGGGUCCCCCUUGUUGAACGGACGGUCGGGGUCGCCGUUGGCGAGACUGCAGGCUAACGAGAACGGAGACAAGGAGGCAGGGAAGGUACCCAUUUCUAUUGGAAGUCUGUCGAGUAUCAGGUCAUCGGGCAGACGUUGCCCGAGCCCUGGGCUAUCGGGACGGUCAGGCAGUCAGUCUGGUGGUGGCACCAUCGCGAAUGGACAUGUGACGACGGGAUCGCAGGUAGGGAACGGCAGCAUUCCCAGACCGAACAAUCUCCCGCUGGGUCCGCUGUCAUUCUCUAACCCGGUGUAUCAGUACCCGACCAGCCCGGUACAACAACAACAGCAGCACGCCACACCAACCAGCAUGGACUACACGUCAAGUGACAGCCUGAGCUCUGUGAACAGCUCGGUGCACAGCUCGAAUGUCAGCAGUAACGAUGAGGACAGCAGCGACGCAAGCACUCCUGUCAACUCUAUCAAAAUGUUGCACAACCGGACGGGCUCACCGCAGUCGAGAAACAGGCUGAAGGGCCCGGGGGGUAACUCCAAACAGGACUUCCUCGCCAGAAACGACCACAGUCGGAGAAUGGAGGAGUUGGCACAGAGACUGCACGAACAGAGACCCCGUGCCAACUUCAGCCCAAGAACUCAGCGGUCGCAAAAGGCGAGCAGCAACUCCCCGCUCGUGGAAAAGAGAGACCUGACCGUCUCUCCGCCUCCAUUACCUCCACCAAUCAAGGAGUCUUCAAUGGAUUUUUCAUCUACAAAGGAAAGUAGUGUAUCGUCUGGAGCAAGUAGAAGAGACUUAGCUGGGUAUGCUUCCUCCUCCACACCUUCAAGUCCCAUGAACGACCUGACAUCGCCUUCCUGUGUGACCACGCCCUCACCUUUAACCCCGUCGUCCGGCCGACCGUCCCCGCUACUCGCUACAGUCGAGUCUCGCAUGCUCCCGUCGCUGCACCAGUCCGCCAUGGUGAGAGUGUCGCACGGGCCGCCACACGAGAGAACUGUGCACGAGUAUGCCAUGAGGCAGUCCCCGUCAGAGCAGUCGCUAUCCAGAAGCGACUCCAGUCGUGGGCCUGUGCCAGCGAACCCUGACGCCCCCACGCCACCGCCGCGGGCAGAGUCCCUCCCUGCCUUCGGUAUGACGAGAGUGGAGUCGAGAAGAGCGACGCACUCCCCCGUCCCCAGACUCACCCCCACCCCCGCUCCCAGGGUACUCCCAGCAGCCAGCUCUGCAGACAAGGAGCCCAAUGGGAAAGCUGAUGAACAGCACGAAGCAGAGAUUGCUCAGCUCAAGAUGAGACUCCUAGCAGCUGAGGCUCAAACUGCAGAAGUAGAGAGGCGAAGAGAGGAGGAUAAAGAGAAGUAUGAACGGGAUCUGGCAGCAUGGAAGAAAAAAAUGGAAGAGGGAGAAGAAAGACUGAAAGGGCAGCAGGAAGAGAAGGAUGCACAGAUGAAGAACAUCAUCACACGGUUGAUGUCAGUAGAAGAAGAGCUGCGGAAGGAACACCAGGAGAUGCAGCAGCUGGUCGACGCCAAGCAGCGCGUCAUCGAGGCGCAGGAGAAACGCAUCCAGUCACUGGACUCUGCCAACGCCCGGCUGCUCACCGCCCUCAACCAGCUGAAGGAGAAAUACCACCACCACAUGAAGAACGCUGCCAACAACUCCAAGCCAUCCGCCAAGCUGUCCGUCACCGAGAACGGGGAGUUUAAGAACAGUAGCUGCUAACCUGUGGUAGAUGUCUGUUGCUGUAUGUGAUAUCUGGAGGAUUUACUAAAUUUAGUUAGUCAUGAAAAAGAAAUAUUUCUUUUGCAGGCAUGGCAAGUGCGCACGGUAAAUUUUAUGGAAGAGCGUAGAAGUAAUGAUGGUUGAACUUUUUGGUUAUUUCUGUUGCAGGCGCAGGGAUUGAAUUGAAAGCAUAAUAAGCGAGUGGAAUGGUUACAGAAAAAUUGAACACUUUGUUCUUCAAGUCCAUAUGAUCAUGAUUGAAAAAUCAUUGAAAAAAAAAGCUGCCAGAAGUAUUUAUGAAUCAAGUACUAUAUAUUUUGCCCUUGACAGUGAAACCAGGGAAAAGCCAUUUCUCUUGAAUGAAAAAUCAUUGUGCUUUUGAAAAUUGGUCAGUUGUUAUCACAUUUUGUGAAAAAUAAUCAGUUAUCAGGAAUAGUUAAUUUACAGUGGACUUGUAGGGGCUGCCAUUGAGUUGGUCAGAAAGAUUGAAUGAUGAAUGGAGGAAACAGGUCUCAUGUUAUUUGUCAUGAAGUAAUCCCUAAAUUUAUUCUCAACAUCACUGCUAACACUGGAAGAAAAUUUCAACAUUAAGGCAUCACAUCUGUUGUCUCGUGUAUAUAUAUGAUCGAACCAGACUUCUUGUGCUAUAUUAGUGUGAGAUACUGAGUACAUUUGUACAGUAGUUUUCUAGACAUUCAAGGUGGUGCUACAAUGUAGCUUGGCUGAAAUCGUUUUCUGUUCUUCACUGAGCUUUGUGUUCUUUUGUAAGUACAGAUACAGACAUUUAAGCACUACUUCUGUGCUUUGGCUGUAUUUUCUGUUGCAAUUUUUGUGUUGGUUUUGUUUUGUUUGUGUGCUGUGACUAUUGCUUUUGGAGAUGCCCCAGACUCACUGAAAGUGCAGACUUACAGUACCUGAAAGUAGACUUGACUGUAAGGAGGCGACAACCUUUGUUAAUCCUAGGAAAAGACUCCCUUUUUCCUAUUUGUAAAUGAAAAGAUGUAUAUAUACUACUUAAUGAAAUUAUGUCUGCUUAUGGAUUGUUUGUCCGCUGGACAGAUUGAGUCAGUGGAAGUUGAUAUAACAAUAGAUGAGGAGAUAUCUGUGUACAGUAGAUCUUUUGUUAAGUAUUAUUUUGUUGAGAACAGUGUUUCUCAGAGAAAGGAUAUGUACAUAGUAAUGUGCCUUUCCCCCUAUGCAGUGUAUACUUGAUGUUUUGUUUCUAGCUGCAUCUUUUCCAAAAGUAGAAUCACUACUUAUUGUCAACGAUGGUUUCAUCACAUUUUUGUUUCUAGUCAUCUGUAAUUUUCUGAAAAAAAAAGUCAAAAUUACACAAAUGUUUUUCAUUGGUCAGAAGAAAGUAAUAUUAAUUAGUAAGAAUUGAUGCAUAUUUAGAAGAAAAACAGUUACUGUAGCUCUAUCUUAAUACCAAGAAGGAAUUGCAUAAUUGCCACCUUAGAACAUGUAAUCACUUGACUGUAAAAUCCAAAAUACUGUAUUCUCUGUACCAUACAUGUACGUUUAUUCCUAUAAUGCAUUGGUAAAAGCUGCUCCCAGCUCUUAUUGGUGCAACUUGUUUUAUUUAUCACAUCGAUCCCAAUGUUUUGUUUUCCUUCAAGAAAGAACUGAAGAAACAUGGUGCACUCUGUCUUACCAAACAUGUCCCAUGUAUUUGAAAUAUUGAACUAACUGGUGACAAUAAUUAGGAACAGAAAUCAAGGAUCUUUACUACAACAACAGUAAGGGAGAUGUGUGAUAUUAUUGAAGGUUUGUACAAAAUAAUUGACUUUGUGGAAAAGAAGCCACACUGCUGGUUUUGUUGAUGUACUAUUGGGACACUGCCGUUCGGUUAUAUUGUUACUCUAAUGAUCGGAUUGAUGCAAAUUGCAUUAAAUUAUGUCUUGCUUGUGUACAGUUUAAAUUAUCAUCACAUGAUGUCAUACCAUGGAAUAAAUGACUCGAACACACCAGAGAA